ACUUUCUAACACUCAAUGCUUAAUUUGGUAGGACAAAUCAUUCAAAUUAAAAGAAUACUAACAUACUGGAGUACUUCAGUAAAAGAAAAGAAGAGACAGAAUUAGCAACAAAACACUGGCAUUGCUUUUCACCACUGGAGGCAACUCUUGGUGAAUGAUGUCACGGGGUUUGAUGCUGUCGUGCUGCAUAGUAAGAGAGAAAGAGCAGUGCUGCUCUGAAAAGCCUCCAAAUAACUGAGGGUUAUGAAGAGGCAGCCACCUGCUGCAGCGUCCUCCCACUACCGCUGCAACAUCUGGCAGACAAGACAGAGAGGCGGAGGAGACACACUCUGAGGCAGCGCUGCUGUUGUGCACACCAGGGGACGCGACCAACAGACCGCCUGCACUGUUCUGACUGCAAGAAUUCAGCGCAGCUGCAGGUGUAACAACAAAUGGGGCAUCCGAAUCUGACAGACAGCGUAGAGAGCAACUCUACUGACUGUCCGUCCAUAGAUGACUUCCGGAACCAGGUUUACUCCACGUCCUACUCCCUGAUCACUGUGUUAGGCUUAGUUGGGAACGGCUUCGCCCUGGUGGUGCUGAUCAGAACCUACCGCCAGGGAUCCCCUUUCCAUGUCUACAUGUUGAACCUGGCUGUGUCCGACCUGCUGUGUGUCAUGACACUGCCGCUGCGGGUUCAUUACUAUGUCGCCAAGGGCCGCUGGGACCACGGGGAUUUUCUCUGCCGCAUUAGCUCCUACGCCCUCUAUGUAAACCUCUACUGCAGUAUUUACUUCAUGGCUGUCAUGUCUGUCACCCGUUUCUUGGCCAUAGUCUACCCUGUGCAGAACCUGCGGCUGGUGACAGAGAACCGUGCCCGCCUGGUGUGUGUUGCCGUCUGGGUGUUUAUUUGUCUUUCAUCCUCUCCCUUCCUCAUGUCUGGCCAACAUUUUGACUCCGUCACGAAUAAAACCAAGUGCUUUGAGCCCCCACGACGUCAAGGUGUGCGGAAACUAGUCAUGCUGAACUAUUUGUCUCUAGUGAUAGGCUUCGUCAUGCCCUUCCUGGUUAUCCUGGUCUGCUAUGCCGGCAUAGUCCGCACCCUACUGUCUCGUACCAGUGCUGCUCGACGCCAGCGGGGCACGGGUACCAGAGCCAUUCGCAUGAUUGUCAUCGUCCUGCUGACCUUCCUAAUCAGCUUCAUGCCUUACCACGUGCAGCGCACCAUCCACCUGAACUUCCUGUCCAGAGGUGACACUACCUGCUCAGAGAAGAUUGCCAUGCAGAAGUCUGUCGUGGUGACACUGUGCCUGGCUGCUGCCAAUUCAUGCUUUGAUCCGCUGCUCUAUUUUUUCUCUGGAGAAGGUUUCCGCAGCCGCUUGUCCUCCCUCCGCCAGUCAAUGAAAAACAGCACCCUGAGACGCAUAGGCAGGGUGAAGCCUGCCACAGGCUCAGAGUCUGGGGAAAACCACCAGCUGAAAGCCACUUAAUUUACACCAGACAGGAGGUCAUCGAACAAGCAGCGUAGGAAUUGUUAAUAGAGCUCAGGAUGGCUUGAUCCCUCAUUAAGAGAUGAACGGCAGAAAAAGUUUUAUUAAAUGAGGGCAGAUAAAACUUAACGUCUCAGGAGAAUGUUUUCCAUAAAAACUGAUAUAUAUUGUGUGUCUAUUAUAUCAUGACAAUGACAAUAACCAGAAGCCUGUUGUGUCCCAAAAGUUACUCAACCAGUCAAAUCACAAUAUGAAUAUGCAGUGUAUCAAUAUAUGAAUGUGCUGUAGAUUAUGUUGUAAUGUGUGUUUUUAUCUGGAUUGUCUUCAAGAAGCUGGAGUCUCACAUUGCACAACCUCCAUAUGGAUGUUUAUUGAAAAGGGCUUAACUCUGCCUUAAACUGACAACCGUAGACCUUACUAGUAUUACUUGUUCCUCUGUCACUGUUAUUUUUAUUAUUUGUGGGAAUGUCAGUGUUGUAUUGGCAACUCUAUUUUUCUUUAUGUCCCAGUAACUAUUUUUCACUGCCUCAACUGGUUAUUUUUAACCUCCUCUGUUAUUUUAUUCUGAGUUGUUAUAAUUACCCAUUUACUUUUUUUUACUCCAAGUGGGAUUUGAAUUUGUUGUUUUUGUGCUACUGAUUUUUAUGAUUGUUGUGUAACUUUGUAAAUUGUAAUAAUUCAUUUGAUAGGGGUUUUUUUUUGUUUGUUUGUUUGUUUUUUUUUUUUUUACCUUUUAUGCACUUAUGAUACUUGUAACUUAGCUUAGCAAAUGCAAAAAAGAAGGGGAAACGGCGAGCCUGAGUCUGUCUAAAGGUAACAAAGUCCACUCCUCCAGUUAACAUGUUAUAUCUGUUUUAUUUAAUCCUUAUUAUCAGAUGAUGAUUUUAGCCAGGGUAGCCGUUUCUCCUAAUUGAAUGCUGGUGGCAGCUUUAUAUUUAUCAUGCAGUCAAGAGAGUGGCAACAAUCUUCUCAUCUUGCUGUAUGCAAAAAAGCUAAUAAACAGUUGUAUUCACAUUGUAUGCAAACUGUAUUUAAUAUUAUGUAUGAUGACUGCAGUAAUAAAUCAUCUAAUAUGUGUUUGUUCA